AUGAAGGUAACGGAAAAGACCUACGAGGAAAUAAUCACGGCCUUGUCUGAUCAUUUCGCACCUCGUACGUCAGAGGUCGUUUCCCGAAGUUUUAUCGGCGGGACCAGCAGCCCGAGGAAUACAUUUCCGUCUACAUCAAAGAGCUACGCCAGUUGGCCGAAAGCUGUGGAUUCGAUAACUUUGAGAUUAUGUUGCGUGAUAGACUCGUAUGCGGCGUGCGCGAUGACGGGCUUCAACGACGACUGCUCGCGGAAGAAAACAUUACCUUCAAAAAAAGCGCAUGAUAUGUGCCCUGCUCACGAGGUGGCAGCACGCAGCCUUGCAAUCAUCAAAGAAGGCGGCGGACAAUCAGCUGAUGUACAUGACGUAAACGCACGCGAAAAGGUAAACAAAGACCCCUCGAAGCUGAAAACAAGCGUUUCCCGAGUUUCCAAAAGGUGUUUUCGCUGCGAAGAAAAGCACUCACCAGACUCGUGUGUUUACAAAAACGCAAAGUGCAAAUUUUGCGGCAAAAUAGGACACGUAGAACAUGCAUGUUUCUCAAAGAAAAAACAUUCAAAACAAAAACCAAAAGUGAACCAACAAUCUAGUGAAAGCAAUUUCAAAAACGUGCCACAAAAUGAGCACAGUUCGGAAGACCAGGUGUACCAUUUUUCGCUUAACAAUGUGAAUUCGGACAGCAUCACUGGUAAAUAUCUAGUAGACGUCCUCCUGAAUAAGAAACCGAUAAGAAUGGAAAUCGAUUCGGGCGCUGGAUAUUCCAUCAUAUUCAAAUCAACCUUUCAAAAACUUGUCAGGGACAAUCCUCCAAAAGUGAAACCAUGUAACUUAAUUCUACUAGAUUACCAAAACCAGCUAAUUUCGACAAUUGGCGAGUGUUACGUGAACGUACAACGGGGACAAAAAAGUGCUACCCUUCCAGUUAUUGUUACUGAAGACCUUGUCAAGGAAUACCCGGAAGUAUUGGAGUCAACUCUAGGGAAAUUCAAAGGGCCUCCCAUAAGUUUUUCCUUAGAUCCAAACAUCAAGCCUAUCGUUCUCAAAGUCCGAAAGAUACCGUUCGCUUUAAAGGACAAGAUUGAUCGUGAAUUGGAUAGACUUGUCGAUCAAGGUGUGCUGGAGCCAGUGACUCAUCCAAAACGGGCCACUCCCAUUGUUGUUGUCGCCCAGGACAAUGGUGACGGAACAGCUCUAGCAGGUGGUAAAAUAUUCGCAAAACUAGACAUGGCUCAAGCUUACCUGCAGUUGAGUGUAGAUCAAGAAGCUGCAGACGCACAGACCAUUAUCACACACAAAGGACCUUUUAGGAGCAAACGCUUACAAUUUGGUGUCUCCGUGGCACCCCAAAUUUUCCAACGUUUCGUGGACAUGAGACUCACCGGAAUCCCAGGAGUUCUUCCAUAUUACGACGACAUUCUCAUAGUUGGACAUUCCGAAACAGAUUUGGACCGUAAAGUGCGUGAAGUUUUUAGUAUUAGUGCAGAGGGAAUUCGACCGACCAAAGAGAAGGUGAAAGCAAUUGUUAACGCGCCUGCGCCAACCAACAAAACGGAAUUGCAAGCUUUCCUCGGUUUGAUAAAUUUCUACCACGUUUUUCUUGAAGACAAAGCAACGAUUGCUAAUCCAUUGCAUUAUCUGCUACAUAAAGGUCUCUUGGCAGUGGAGUUAAGAAGUUCCACGAUUACCUAUAUGGACGAAAAUUCUGCAUCCGAACGUAGGUUUUUUAGCCCGAGGAAGGGAAUCCCAGAAAUCCUUUCACUGAGAUUGUUAAGAUGGACUCUGAUGCUCACAGAGUAUGACUACAAUUUACACCAGGUUCCAGGCGCAAGAAUUGGCAACGCCGACGCGCUUAGUCGUUUACCCCAGAAAUUAAACACUCCAGAACCACCCAAUGCACCCGAUGUUUUGAUGUUUGAGAACAUCCCGGAAAGCGUGGUCGAUGCUAAGCGUAUCGCCAGUGAAACAGCCAAGGAUCCAAUUCUAUCCAAAGUUUUACAAUAG